CCAGAACAGAACGUUGAUCAAGCACGACAGCCGACAGGUCAUUGUUAUAAGCAGCAUUAGUCAUCACUUGACCCAAAGGACAAACAAGCAAAAAUGGCGUCGUACUCGGAUGAUCAGUUGGCAGAGUUUCAAGAGGCGUUCCAGCUCUUUGACAGCAGGGGUGACAACAAAAUUCAUGUCUCGCAGAUCGGAGACGCGCUCAGGGCCCUUGGUCAGAACCCGACCGAGUCUGAAGUCAAGAAGUUCACCAACCAGCAUAAACCAGAUGAAAGAAUAAGUUUCGAAGUCUUCUUGCCAAUUUACCAGACGAUUUCAAAGGGUAGAUCGAGUGACAGCGCUGAAGACUUUGUUGAAGGUCUCAGGCAUUUUGAUAAAGAUGGAAAUGGGUUUAUUUCGUCAGCCGAACUUCGACAUUUGCUUACGACACUUGGCGAGAAAUUGACUGAUGAAGAGGUCGAACAGCUUCUCGCAGGGCAGGAAGACUCACAGGGAAAUGUCAAUUACGAAGAUUUUGUCCAGAUGGUCAUGUGCGGCUAAAGUCAAGAUUCAAAACACAAAUAUAUUAUACAUUUUUUUCUAUUA